AAUGUUAUUGAGUUCUUCACCACUUGUACUUAACCUGCAGGCAAAUGUUUUAGACAUCAUGCUAAUGGUGAAUGAUUUUAUCUUUUAACUGGACUGCAUGUUUUCUGUAGAAACAGUAAGCAUUUUGUCUGCAAGGAUUAGGGCAGUUUGGACAUUUUAGUAACCACCUUGAAUAUUUUAUACAACCAUGAUUAGGAAUCCAGAUUUGAGCUCCUUUGUUUGUUGUGCUGUAUGCUCAAAAAUAAUACCACCACCACCUACACCUGCUACUUUUGAACGGAUUCGGGAAUAUAAGCCUUACAAAACACGGUAUUACACUCAUCGGGAUAUAUUAGAGCUCGGGGCAGAUCUUCAACAAGAACAAUGUGAAAAGAAGGAAUUAGAAGUAAAAGAACGGAUUGAAAAAAUUAAAGCCGAACUAUGGUUUCAGGCUAAAGUAGAAAAAGAAGAUGCAGUGGAACAAGCCCUUGAUCAGGCAACAGCUGAACACAACAGUUUUUUAGAAGACCUAAAAAAAAAGCAUGAAAAGGAACUAAAGGAAGCAGUGAUAAAAAUUAAGAGAGAGAUGCAGCGGUACCUGGAAAAUGAGCUGAAGAGGGAAUCUGAAGCUGCAGAGCAGCGCAUGGCUCACAAACUUCAGCGCAUCCUGAUGGAGUGUGCUUUGGAAAAGAUGCACGCUGUAGCGGAAGCCAGAAAACAGGAGAGGCAGACAGCAUCCCAAGCCAUGGCCAAGCAGCAAAAAAAGUACACAGAGCAACUCCAGGAAGCUGGGAUAUUGGCUAACGAAAUACAUCAGAAGAACCUGGCUCAAUUAAAAAAAGAAAAACUUUAUGAAAUGAGUGUUGUCUUGGACAUCACUCAAAAAGAGAAUCAAGAGGAGGCUGAAAAACAGCUCAAAGAAGCAGAGAAAACACAUCAGGCCAUAUAUGGAGAAGUGACGGCCAGCCUGAGAGAGACAAAAGCUCAAGUACAGCUUCUUACCCAACAGCUGGAAAGCAUGACAGCUUGGAAAGACAACCUGGAAGCUGAAAUAGAAGAAACAAGACAAUCUUUUCAAAACUACAUUGAUAUUACAUUUCCUAAGCUGACCCCAGGACAAGCAGAUUUUAUCCUGCCAUUCAGAAAGAGACUUGAACACAGGGAUACAAAAAAGGAAACAGAUAAUGACAAAGGAAUGUAA